UUCACAUGUCUGGUGACACCACUUGUAUACUAUACGCCUCCUUUGCUGAUUGUUGAGCUGCUUGACUAGAUAAAAAUACAUAUUUUCACUGAGAUCAACUGGGUAAUCGUUAUAUAUGCACUAUGGACAAGCCAGGUCAAUCAUUACACAUUGGGUACACAUCCAGCUCUUCACAAUCUCCAGCCAGAUUUGUGAAACACUGACCAAUGUGCUUUUUGCGGUGCCAGCUCUCCGAGCGCACUUUUCCUUCUAUCAAAUCCCCUUUUCUUUAUCUACACAGCAUCAACCUUUGCAACAGCCCAUGGCGCGUAUUCUCUCGCUGCUCCAGUCCCAAACGUUGGUGACCCUCACCGGUGUGAGGAGGACAGUCGUCUGCCGGAUGUCCCUGGAGGCGCGGGCGCGGGAGCUGUUCGCCACGGCGGUGGAAGCGGUGCAGCCGGACGCGGUCGUGCGGCGAGGCGUAGAGCGGAAGGAUGACUCGUUGGUCAUCGACGGCCGCACCUUCGCCCUCCGGAACAACCUGCACCUGGUGGGCUUCGGGAAGGCCGUGCUGGGCAUGGCCGCCGAGGCAGAGCGGAUCGCCGGCGACCACCUGGUGAAGGGAGUGAUUAGCGUGCCGCACGGGAUUCAAGAGACCUUACGGUGUCAUGGAAAGAGUCAGAUGCUGUUAAAAGACAAUAGUCGCAUCAAAGUGAUGGAAGGAGCUAAACACAAUCUGCCUGAUGGCGAUGCCCAGCAUGCAGCUCAGUGCAUCAAGCAGUUAGCCAGUGAGCUGACGGAGAAAGACCUGCUGCUCGUACUGAUCUCGGGUGGGGGCUCCGCACUCUUGCCUGCCCCCAUUCCACCCAUCUCGCUAGAAGAGAAGCAUGACGUGACCCGGAGGCUGGCCGGGGCCGGUGCCACUAUUCAGGAGCUGAACACAGUGCGACGGGCCCUCUCUUUACUGAAGGGUGGGGGACUGGCCCAUGUGGCGCACCCUGCUCAGGUGGUCGCAUUGAUCCUGUCUGAUGUCAUCGGUGACCCGCUGGAUCUGAUCGCCAGCGGCCCCACGGUGAGGACCGACGUGUGGCCUGAGGAGGUCAUCUCCAUCCUACAGAGCUACAAGCUGUCGGACUCCCUCCCCGCCUCGGUGAAGGAAGUCCUCGGGCGAGGCAGCCCCCGUUGGGAGAACAUUAGGGGGGAAUCCGCGGGGAAGGGAGGCGUGCUCAACACGGUCAUCGGCUCCAACAGCAUCGCCCUGAAGUCCGCGGGUCGCCGCGCCCGGGAGCUGGGCUUCCGGCCCGUGGUUCUGUCGGGCGACGUGUGCGGCGACGUCAAGGCGGUCUCUCGUCUUUACGGCCUGCUGGCGCGAUUCGCCUCCUCCCGCGAAGAGCCGGCCCCGGAGCUGGCGGCCGAGAUGCUGCGGCUGGGGCCUGAGGUCGGGGUGGAGAGCUGGGACCUGUGCCGCACCAUGCAGGUCCUGGACGAGGGGCGGAAGGAGGGCUGGGGGGCCACCUGCCUGCUGGCCGGGGGGGAGCCCACCGUGGAGCUGACGGGGAAGGGGCGCGGUGGACGCAACCAGGAGCUGGCGUUGCGCGUGGGACUGGAGCUGAGGGGGAUGGAGCUACCACCCAAGGGCCCCAUGUUUCUGAGCGGAGGGACCGACGGGCAGGACGGCCCAACGGACGCCGCCGGCGCCAUCACCGACGGAGGCCUGUGGGAAGAGGCGCGGGCACAAGGGCUGGACGUUGAGGGCACGCUGAAGGACAACGAUUCCUUCACGUUCCUCUCCAAGGUCUCCGGCGGCCACCGUCUUCUCUCGCCGGGAUUAACCGGAACCAAUGUGAUGGACGUGCAUAUGCUGCUGCUCCCCUCGAUACCAAUUAGGAUACCCAAUGAUCCCGAAGCUGAUGACAGGUCUUUAAGGUAUAUGUAGAAGGUGUGGUUGAACUACUAAUGAAUAGCAUUUCAGCAGCAUGUUUGCUGCUCAGGAAAUGCAUUUAAUAUGAUUGUUGUUUAAGCACUUGAUAUUUUGAGCCCUAACCCUAACAAAAGGCCCUAUUCAUGCACUUUUAAUGAAUGUAAGCAAAUUACCUUUGACUGUUAUGCUACCCUAUUUUGAUGAAUAAACAGAAUGUCCUAAAAACACUUGACCUAUGACCCCAAAAAUGGCUACGCAGGCAAUACAAAAGCAGAUUGCAGUUACUCGUGUUUCAUUCAGAUAUUUUGUUUUUACAUAAACGUUCCUUGUAAUUGUUUAUGGUCCAAAUCAGGAAGAUUAUGGCAAGGUUCUUUGUCACAAGGUACAACAUACAUGGAAAAAGUACAUUUUGAGUCAUAACACAACAUUUUUGGAUUUGCCUGUUUGCCCUUGUAGGGCAGUGUAGCCAAAUGUCCUUGCUAGUUCUAUGACAUUUAUCAUUUAGCAGAUAUGAUUUAUCUUCCAAAACUAACAUAACACAAAAUGUAAAAUCAUUUGAUUACAUAAAAUGAUAACUGAUGGUAACCAAACAAUUAUUUUUUAUAAGCCACAGGUACCCAGUUAAAUUAAAAUAUUUAAUUUCUUCAGUUUUUCACAAAAACAUUUUGGGCAUGAUUAAAAUAAAAAUUUUAGUUUAGCAUG